GACGCUAUGGCCAAGCUUUUGCUAAAACUCCAGCGGUAUUUUCGGCGCAAACCCGUGCGCUUCUUCACGCUGCUGGCUCUCUACCUGGCGGCCGGCAGCUUGGUUUUCCUGCACUCCGGCUUUUCCGGGGAGCCCAGGGUGCCGGGGAGCCCCCGCAGCCCCGCGGCCAACGAGGGGCCGGGGCUGCCCUACCUGGGGGUGAUGCAGCUCAGCCGCGGCUUCAAGGCGGCAGCCACGGUGCCGGCGGGGCCCCGACGACACGGACCCUGGUUCAAAAGCACCUCCAAGGAGCCUUCGGACAGGGGAAAAUCCCGGGAUAACGGCGGCCCCCGGAGCCGGGCGCUCAGGGGCAGGAGCGGCCGCGAGAAGGAGGAGGACAGAGCCCGGUACAUCGGCUGCUACGAGGACAACACCCGGCAGAGGACCCUGCGCGGGAUGUCCUUCUUCGACUACAAGAAGAUGACAGUGUUCCGUUGCCAGGACAACUGUGCCGAGCGGGGGUACCUGUACGCGGGGCUGGAAUUCGGGGCCGAGUGCUACUGCGGGCACAAGAUCCAGGCACCCAACGCCAGCGAAUCCGAGUGCAACAUGGAAUGCAAGGGAGAGCGGAGCAACACCUGCGGCGGGAUCAACCGGCUCUCCGUCUACCGCCUGGAGCUGGCCCAGGAAUCCGCACGGAGGUAUGGAAGCGCGAUAUUCCGGGGGUGCUUCCGCCGGCCGGAAAACGUCUCCAUCGCCCUGCCCGCCAGCCAGCUCAUGCUGAACAUGUCCGUGGAUAAAUGUGUGGAUUUCUGCACGGAAAAGGAAUUCCCGCUGGCGGUGCUGGCGGGCACCACGUGCCGCUGCGGCUUUCCCAGCACGCUGUUCCCGCUGCACGAGCGCGAGGACGAGCAGCUCUGCGCCCACAAAUGCGCCGCCGAGGAGUUCGAGAGCUGCGGCUCUGCCGAGUUCCUGCUGGUCUACCAGACCCAAGUGCAGGACAAUCGCUGCAUGGACAGGAGGUUCCUGCCCAGCCGUGCCAAGCAGUUGGUGGCCCUGGCCAGCUUUCCUGGAGCUGGGAACACCUGGGCCCGGCACCUGAUCGAGCUGGCCACCGGCUUCUACACCGGCAGCUACUACUUUGAUGGCUCCCUCUACAACAAAGGAUUCAAAGGCGAGCGGGAUCACUGGAGAAGUGGGAGGACCAUUUGCAUCAAGACCCAUGAGAGUGGGCAGAAGGAGAUCGAGUCCUUCGACUCGGCCAUCCUGCUCAUCCGUAACCCCUACAAGGCCCUGAUGGCCGAGUUCAACCGCAAAUACGGGGGACACAUCGGCUUCGCCGCCCACGCCCACUGGAAGGGCAAAGAGUGGCCCGAAUUUGUGGCCAACUACGCUCCGUGGUGGGCAACCCACACGCUGGACUGGCUGCGCUACGGCAAGAAGGUGCUGGUGGUGCACUUCGAGGACCUCAAACGGGACCUGUUCGUGCAGCUGCAGAGGAUGGUGGCACUGCUGGGCGUCACGGCCUGCGAGGACAGGCUGCUGUGCGUGGAGGGACAGAAGGACGGCAACUUCAAGCGCUCGGGCCUGAGGAAACUGGAGUACGACCCCUACACCCCCGAGAUGAGGAAGACGAUCAGCGGCUACAUCCGAACCGUGGACGCGGCGCUGAAGCUCCGCAACCUCUCGGGGGUGCCCGAGGAUUAUUUCCCCAGAUGA